AUCUUAUCGAGCGUUCCGUACGCAUCACGAGCGUUUUAAUGCUCGAUACGUCGCAUACGCGUAUAAGAAAAUCAUCAUAUCCUUAAAGAAAAGUCCGUCAGAGUGAGGUAUUCAUUUGAAAUCGAUUUGCGAUCUACCGAAGUGAGAUUUCUAUAUAAAUUUUUCUUUUUCUUUUUGCGACCUAUCAGAAAAAAAAUCUACGACCAUGAAUUUUGAUAGAAAAGAAAAUGAGCUUUGGACCAUGAUCGGAAGGCAAUUGAAUUUUUUAUUCAUAAACGCACCUUAACUUUCAAACGUUUUAAUUUUGGCUCAAUUAGAAAGUUUCGAUUGUAAAAGAUAAAGAUAUUUUAUAUUGAAUGGUCAAGGUAAAAAGAUGAAACGUUUUAUGACGUAAGACACGGAGGAAAUAAAUAAUUAAAUCAUUUAGAACGUUUAGAACGUGAUAAUAACCGUGCAACGUAAAAGAAGGAGAAGGUCGCGGCGCGUAAUUUAAACUUUAGUGAAAUCAAUCGAAUGGUUGUGAAGCUUUUUAUCCAAAAGUGGAGCAAUAUAAAGAUAACAGUUUACGGUACUUUCUACCGUGUACUUGUUAUCUUCUACCAGAUGUGAUACUUUCGAAAGGAAGAAUGAAAAAUAAACGAUAUAUUUAUUAGCUUCUAGUUGAAUAGUCGCUUGUUUUUCUAUCGUUUUAUUGGAAAACGAUUUGUUGGAGAAUACGAAAGUCGUUUGAAUUAAAAGGAACCGAUUUCGUUGAGAAUGUAGGUUAGAAACGUUCGAGUAUAAAUUAUAAAUAAUGAAAAGAGAAUGCGCGAAUCUUCUAGACGUUAGUGAAUUUUGACUUUGAACGACAGAUCUAUCGGUUUAUCGAUAUUAUCGUUUACAUCAGAUAACUCGAAUGAAUCGUGAGCAUCUCUCUCUCUUUCUCUCGCUCUCUAUCGGAUCCCGAGAAAAAGCGAAGAACCGACAGUCCGUAAAGAUACGCGUUGCCGUGUAGCACACAUACAGCACUUGAUAUUCUCCUACUAGUUUGAAAGAUCAUUUGUUGCGAUAGAUCAUAGAUAUAAAUGUUUUUAUUUUUCGAUGAAUUUAAAUGAUUCGCGAGGAAAAUAAGGGUCAAUAAAUGCGCGUAUAGCGUUCUCUUGCUUCAUAGGCUCGCCGAGCCUCAAGCGUCCAUUAAAUUCAAUUACGCCAAUCAAACAACGCGUAUAAUUAUAUUUACAAUUAUAUUACGAGCAUGAUGAUCGUGUCACCGAGCCUGAGCUUAAUCGCAGCCGGAGUGGCUUCUGGGCUUUGCUUUAUCCUCUUCAGUACCUUACGGAAAGGGAAAGAAGCAGACUCACGAAGAAAAACGAAAGAGAUCGUAGUUACGGACGAUGGGCGGUGCGCUUGCUGCCUGAAGCCUUUCUUGAUCGGACGCGGUAUAAGUUGCAACGAUUGCGGCGUCAGAUCCUGCAGAAAAGUUUGUUCUCGUUGGGAUUGCGAAGACAACGCCUGGCAUUGUCUCUUCUGCCAACAGCAAAGGUCGUGGGCGAGAAAAAAGGAGAAGUGGUUCGAAACUUUUGGCGGCACGUUCAAAGAGGAGGAAUUACAUCGUUACUUCGAUACGGCUAAAUCUCGAGUCUGUCUCAACGCAGGAUUGGAAAAUGCAGCUACUGGUUCGAGUUUGGACCUGGCCGCGGGUGGUCAAGAGGACUCGAACACGAUGGAAACCGUUAGAGUCUUUAUCGAAAAAAUAAUCGAAGAUCUGAUCGGUAACGUGGACGACGCGUCUAUCGAUCGUCUCUACGAUCAUCCGGAAUACAAACCUUCGACGGAUUCGCCAACAAUGGCACACUCGGCUCUUCGCGAGCUCGUCGAACGGGCCGUCGAAGAGGCCAAAAAAUUACCUGGUCUCGCUGGCUCAUCCGUCGAUAAUCCGAGGACGAACGAAGAGUGUAAUAUCUCGGAGCACAGCUACGAAGACCUUCUCGCCACUGCGAUAUUGAAUAAAGUCAUCGAGAAAUUCCAAAGAGAACAAGUGGAUGGAAAUAGCAACGUCCUGCAUGAAAAGCCUUCGGCUAAAGCGGAAAGCGAAAUCGAAUUAGGUCUCGACGAAGGCGUCGAAGAAGGUAGCAGCAGUUUGGAGCCUUUAUCUCAGGACGAAUGUAGUAGCGAUUGCAGCGGACCACGUUCGAGGCACUCGCGAAAUCGUCAAGAGCCAUUAUCCCUUACGAUAGAGGAACGGAUAGAGGAGGUAACAACCACCUAUACAUCCGACGAAGAUCCUCCGGAAUGUGUAAAGAAUGGACUACGCAUCACAAAUGUUCGUCGUGUGCCAUUUCCGGAGCUUGGUAUGGACAUAAUCGAUCCCUCUCAGGAAUCUUCCGAUGAAAGCCAAGACGAAGAGUAUGUAUCGACGGUUCACGUCAAUCUCGUAUCACCGUUUCAAUCCUGGGAAGAGAAUUGGCUGUUUCAAAAGAAAAGAGUACCGAUUCAAUCGGAUCCUGUUGCCAUGCUCGUACCAAGCUCCAGCGCCGAUUUUAAAGCCUUGAUCGGCGAUAAGGAUGCCGAGGAUACGUCCGAUCUUUCAGAAUGUUCGUCGGCGCAAUCUGACGAAGAAAUCGAAAAGGAACUCAUAGAGGCGAUCAAUAACGUUGUACCACGACCACCGAGAAUAUCGGAAUCCGAGAUGGUAGAAAGUUCGUUGAAUGAAAAUGAAGUUGCUCUUAGGAAUAUUGAAGAUUUUCAUUCGACGGAGAAGUCUUGCGAAUUUACUGAAACGUUAUUCACGUUGGAUGAUGAAGAUGGAAUUACUAGAGAAUUGUGUAACGGUGACGUUAAAUGCACCGAAAAGAUGAACAGCGAAAAAGAUGCGAUCGAGGAAAUUCGGGGAGAGACGAAACUCGUGAAGAAUUCUUUGAACGAUGGCUUAGAGAAGGAAGAAACGAAUUGUAAAAUAGAAAUGAAUGAUGAAAUGUUUGAGACAGGGUCGGCGGAAUGCGAAGUCGAAAAUAAGCAAAUGGUAGAUUCGAAGAGUGAAAUACAAAGAACGGAUAUCCGAUUACUUCAGUCUCAAAAGGAUACCUUGCCGGAUGUGCCAAAGACACCGAUUCCGUCCACGUUGGAGAAUAAUUUUGAAAUUGUAACUAACGACGUGACAGUUUUGGAUUUCAACGAGAAGGAAAUUUUUAAUUCUUUGGAAUCGACUCGGUAUUAUAAAAUAAUGGAUCAGGAUAUCGAUGGCGAGGAGGAUAAAACGUUGUACUCGUUAGACGUCUAUUCUAAGGAAGGAAUACACUUUGAAGAUGGUGCUCAGCAAGAAAGCGAAUAUACCGAACAUUAUGAUACGGCAACACAGAGACACUUGGACAGUCUAACGAAAGAUGACAUCUACGUGUCACAAAAUGACAUAAUUAACGACGAAGUAAUGGAAAUAAACAAUACCGAGUCAAAUUUAUUGUUCAAAGACGAAACCAGCAAGUGCCGAGAAGCUGUGGCAUUUGCCAAAGCUGAUUCGGUUUCUUAUUUGUCCUUGGAAAAGAUAGCCAAUAAAGAUGUACACAUGGCUACACCUCCACGUCCAGGUACGAUCGCUGAAAGAGAACAUAGAAAGUGGGAAAAUGCACCGCCGAUUGAAAAUAAUCCUUACAGCGAACAGAGCAUUCAAAAAAGACUUUUGGAAAGACAGUAUAGCAGGAGGUCGGCGGAUAUUCCAGGAAUUCAUCCCGAAUUGCCGAAGAGCAACGGAACCGAUCUUGUUCUAGUACCGAAUGAACCGGAUAUUAAACGGUUUGGCAGAGAUUACUACAUCAAUAAUGCAAAAUCGCCAUCCGGAGAUAAGAAACGAAAACCAAUAACAGCGUCCGCAACGAGCAGGCCUAGUAGUGCAUUGUCUCAACGUUCGGCUUCGACCGGGACUGAACAAGAACAACAGACUGAGGAGAUCUUGGACAAGGACGUGACAUACGAUUCUAUCAAAUCAAGAAUGGAGAAAUGGCGAAGGAACAAUUCUAAUUCCUCUACGGAAGGUAGCGCGAAAGAUGAAUAUUUGGAGAAGAAGAAGAAGAACGAUGCCUCUUUGAUCAAACGUCAAAAGUCUUGGAACGAUCAAAAAGUGGAGGAUCUUUUGGAGAACGAACGUAAGAAUAGUAAAAAUGAGAUAAACGCGAGGCUGAAUAAUCAGGACAACAAUUGUGGGAUCUUCGAAGCGAAGAAAUCUUAUAUUCAGAGCGAUAAUCAGAAGACGAUACGACGUAUCGAUUUAAAAGCUUACGGAUUUGCAAACGAGUUCGAUUCUAACAAGGGAAAAAUCGUAAAACCGACGAGACCGCAAAAGGUUGUGAACAAGCUCGAUCUUAAAUCGUUUGGUUACGAUGGUGGGCUGCGUCGUACUCAAUCGCACAAUCAGAUCGAUGGAAUCGACAUAAAGCCGAGAAUCGUUAGGGUGGAAAAAAAGUCGAAUCUAAAUCAUUUCGGGGAUCAUCGUAACUUCGACGAUCGAGAUACCUACGAAGGGCAAUGUUCUGACGAUCGAAGCCUAACGCAAAGUACAGGAACUCUUAAUGAACUUUGCGAGCAAAUGGAUCACAAUCUUUUCAGUACGAUGACCUCUGCCAAAUCGGUACCGAAUAUUGCGAAAAGUGAAUAUUAUGAGAAUUCAAAUGAGGAUUCGAAAGACGUCGAGAGUGAGGAAGAAAAUGCUUCAAAUGAUCCAAAGGAUAAAAAAUUGAAAGUCGAUGUUGAGAAUGACAGUGGCUCGUCGAACGUUAGCUCGGAGAUAGACGCAGAAGAAAAGGAUCGUUCUACGGAGAAAUUAUUAUAUGAAAAUCAAGAGGAGGAGGAGGAGGAGGAGGAAGAGGAGGAUUUUUCGGAAGAGAAAAUGAACUUGAAAAAUAUUAUUGAAAACAAACUUCCAAUGCCGUCGGUCAGAAGAUUGGCCGAGGCUUUCAACAAGCCGUCGGUAAUCUCUUCAAUUUCUGUUCCACGAACAACAAAAUCUAAUACCGCGCUCAAUGAGAGAUCUCCAACGCCAGAAGUGCAAAUAAUCGAGACGCCCAGGCAGAUGCACAGCUUAACGGCCAGAUCUCUUUCGAAACAAUUUCGAGAUGGUUUACGUCAAAUUCCAAAUAAAGUAACUUCACCACCGGCUAGUCACGUAACGAUGGAGCAACCGAAUGGUCGCGAAAAUCAAUCGGAAAUCGUACAGACUAAAAAGGAUAAUUCGUUGAAAGACAUAAACGUAAUAGCGCCUGGUAAGUUAAAAUCUAAUAUCAAAUUUUGGGAACAAAUGCAAAGGCGGAGUUAGAAUUAUUAAUGGACUUUUCAAUUGCAUCAAAAGGCAAAAUAUUACCGUCGCCGUGGCGACGAUUUUUAAAUCAUAACAUACACAUAAUGUAUUUGUAAUAAUAUACACAACGCUAUUUUAUAUACUUCUAUUAGAAUUGCGUUUCCCGCAGACCAGUCAUAAUUUUAUAUGAGAUAAGUGAAAAUAUGAUGAAGCAUCGUAUUGAAACGAUGAAAAUACAAAAUGAUUGCAUUAGUAGAGAAGUUACCAUCCUUACCACGUGCAAGAAUGUGUUAACGGAAUAUAUUAAACAAUUAAUUGUGAAGUUACAUCGAGUCAGUUCAAUUACUUAUGUGAUUAAAUUUGUGCCAAAUGACAUGAACAUGUCAUUAGCCAAAGAAGA